UAAUUCAAGACAAAAGUAAAUAAAAAGUCAGCACUUGUAUUUUUGAUUAAAAAUGCGUCGUGAAAUUUUAAAGCCGCAAAAAUUGUUUACGUGUGUUGAUUGUAAAAAGAGUAAAAUCAAUGAAGAUAACAUCCUUGAACACCAUAAAAAGUUUCAUUCAGAUAUUCCAUAUAAAACCGAUCAAUACGUUUUUCUGCAGUCAGUUGUGGCACGUGAACAGUGUAUUGUUUGUGAAGAAGUGCUACCCCGUACACGAAAAGCACAAGAAAAUCACCAUAAAAACCAUCACAGUGAAUUUGCUGAGUGGAAGGAUUUAUAUGAAAUAACAUUUGUUACGACUUAUGCAAAAGGCAAAGAAAAACAAACUCUACAAAAUCGAAUAUUACACUGUCGUCGUUGCAAAACGAGAAUUGAUCGAAAAAAUUAUGUUGAACAUUUUGAACGUGAUCACCCAGAAUAUUAUUCACGAACUGGAAAUCAUGCAAUGACGAACGAGGAAAAACGUCACGGCCCGAGGAUGGACGGUGCCGAUGAAAAUGAUGAUGAACGUGGACAUUCAGAAUGGAAUGUACAAGAUGCAGAUGUAUAUGAUGCCGGGAAAAGUGGUUCGAAUGGAGGUUAUGUGGUUGGAAAUGGUGACAGUGAAUAUUGUGUCAAUGACAAUGAAGUGACUAACAAAAAUGAAUCUUCGCUUUUGGAAAAAUAUACUUUUUUCAUAUGUUCAGUUUGCAAACAAAUUCUUAGAGAAGAUUAUCUACUUAAACAUCAUAAUGAUAAACAUUCAGACAUGCAAUAUGAAGAAAAAAAUUAUUCAAUUAACAAAACGGUUGUAACAAAGUUUCAGUGUUUUCUUUGUCAAGUUAUAUUGAAUCGUUCGGAGCGACAAAAUCACCGAGAAAAUUGUCAUCCACAAUUUUUAAACGUCAGCGAUGUAUUUGAUGACAUUUACCUCUCGCAUUUGAUAAGUCUGGGAACAAAAAAGUGGUCCGUGAAUAAAGAUACGAACAUAGUCAAUUGUCAUUUAUGCCGAAUAUCCAUUGAACGAAACAAUUAUGCUGAACAUUUUCAACAAGAACAUCCGGAUCGAUUGAUGAUGGAAACCAGCUCUGAAGAAAUGCAUGAGAAUGAUGUGGAAGGAAAUGAAACAAACAGUGUCAGCCAACACUCUGUUGUUGUACAUCGUGACGGUGAAAAUCGUGCCAAUGACAAUGAAAUAACUAACAAAAAUGAAUCUUCGCUGUUGGAAAAAGACAAUCAUUACAAAUGUUUACUUUGCAACAAUGAAAUAAAAGAAUCCCAUCUGUUCAAACACCAUCAAAAAUUACAUUCAACAUUUCCAUAUCAAGCAAGUAAUUUUACACUUAUAAAAUCGGUUGUAACGAUGUAUCAAUGUCUUAUUUGUCAAGUUAUACUGGAGCAGAGUGAACAACAAAACCACCAAGAAAAUUAUCAUCCUGAAUUCGUAAACUUUAACGACAUUUUCAAUCAAAUUCGCCUCAUCCAUAAUGUCACAGAUAACACAAAGAAAUGGUCUGCGAACAAAGACACCGUGUUUAAUUGUAAAUUUUGCUGCUUGAGUCUUGAUCGAAACGAUUAUAUUAAGCAUUUUCAACAAAAACAUCCGGAACGUUUGACAUCAUUGGGUAGACGCAUGGAAAUUAAGAAUGAACCCAGCUCGGGACAAAUGGAAGUAAAUGGUGUCAAUAGUGAAAAUGCUCUCAGAAAAUAUGGAGUCAUUGUAAAGUUUCACAAAUGCUCAAUUUGCAAUAUACAAAUCAAAGAAGAUAGUCUGCGUAAACAUCAUGAUGAGGUUCACUCAGAAGUUGCCUAUCAAGCAAGCAAUUUCACGCUUGCAACAACGUCUAAAAAAAUGUAUCAGUGUUGUAUUUGCCAAAAAAUACUGAAUCGUGCCGAGCGAGAAAUUCACCAGCAAAAUUAUCAUCCAGAAUUUAUAUUUUACAAUGAUACAUUUAUUGGUAUUUGUAUGAUGAAUGAUGAGAGAACAAACAAAACGACAUGGUCAUCGAACAAAGAUGCGCUUAUGAUUCGAUGUAAUGCAUUUAGGUGCCGAAUGAUAUUUGAUCGGAACAAUUAUGUUAAACAUUUUGAAGAAUGUCAUCCACGCCGUUUGACAUCAACCGAAAAAGACAUGAAAAUCAAGAGACAACCCGAUUCUGAACCAAUUCACUUUAUGGAAAUAAAUGAAUCUUCAGCUGUGGAGAAAAUCAAUUGGUUCACAUGCUCAACUUGCGAUGCUGAAAUGUUGGAGGCUAAUCUACUCAGACAUCAUUCCACCUUUCAUUCACAGAUGCCCUAUGAUGAAAAAAAUUUCACACAUACAAAAGCGAUUGUAACAAUGUUUCAGUGUUUUCUUUGUCAAGUUGUAUUGAAUCGUACGGAGGAGCAAAAUCACCAUGAAAAUUAUCAUCCAGAAUUUGUAGACUUCAUAGAUUUUUUUAGUGAAAUUUCCCUCGUCCAUAAUAUAACAGCCGACUCAAAAAAGUGGACUUUCAACAAAGACACGAACGUAUUUAAUUGCAGAGUGUGCCGCUUAAAACUCAAUCGAAACAAUUUUAUUCAACAUUUUCAAAAAGAACAUCCGCAACGUUUGACAACAGCUGGAAGUCAUGAAAAGGAGCCCACCUCCGAAUCGAUGCAUGAUGCCAAUGACGACGAUACCACUGCCAACGAUGACGUUCCAAUUCCAAAAAAAGCAACGUUCUACAAUUGUAAAUUGUGUCCUCGCAAAAAAGAAAUAGAAAUCAAUGAUUUAUCCGAGCACCAUGCGAAGUUCCAUUGGGACAUACCGUAUCAGCAAGAUGAUUUCAUAUUUGUACGAUCGAUUAAAAAACGUUUUCAAUGUAAUGCAUGUAACACGGUGGUCAGACCAAAUGAUAGGAAAAGCCAUCAUGAGCAGUAUCAUCCAGAAUUCAAAACUCGAAAAUAUUUGUUCAAUUUGAUACAUUUGACCAUUCUUCCUGAAAAUCAAUUGAAUUGGUCGAAAAAUAAAGACGACGAACAUUGUAAGCUAUGCAAUGUCGACAUUGAACCAAAUACCUUUGUUGAACAUUUUAAAAGUAAACAUCCGGAAUGGUACAACCAUCCCGAAUCCUCAGUGGAACCUGUAAAAAUUAAAAAGGAAAAAGUCGAUGGUACAAAAAAGAGAAAGGGGGAACCGAUGCCACCUGUGAAAAUCAAGAAGGAAAAAAUCGACAAAGAAUCGACCAAAAAUGUGGAGAUGCCGUCUGUAAAAAUCAAAAAGGAAAAAAUCGAUGCAAUCGACAGAGAACUGAUUAAAAUUGGUAAAAAUCCGGCCACCGAUACAGAGAUUAUUAGCUAUUUCAAAUGCACCCUUUGUGGAAAGAACAAAGUCAAAGGGAAGAAACUGCUGAAGCAUCACGACAAAUUCCAUUCAGGUAUUCCGUAUCAAGUGAACACCUACAUUCUCAAUACGAAAGAAAGAAAAACACCUGAAGCCUCGGAUGAUGAUGUUGCAGAGCCAAGCGAACCAAGGGAGGAUGAAGAAAGAACAACAACCAAAAACGGUGUACAAAUGAACACAAGUAAUACACAAAACGAAGACCAAAGCCAAAGUGAAGCAAUUUCGAUGGACGCACAAAGUAUCGAUGAUCAAAAAGAAAAAGACGAAAUGAUGACCAAGAUAACGAACGGAAAAAUCAACGACGCUGGACGUAACUCUUCAAGUGGAACAAGCGAACUAUUUACGAUUGCCGUUAGUUGUGCAGAAUUACAGCGACUUCUGCAACAAAAUCGCAUUUAUUCACAAAAUGGGCAAUUCAUUUUAAAAGAUUCUACCUAAAAGAAUUUAAAAAAUAUGUACAAUUCAUGGUGGACCCAUG